AUGUCGCUAUCACUCGAGCACCUCUCUCUCGUCCUCGGACAAUGGCUGCAGCCUAUUGUCCAGCAGCUCCCGCCGGCCGUGCAGAACAUCCUGCUACACCCCAUCGUCCCGAAAGCGUUCUUGGUGCUGUUGGCCUUUGCUGUCGUGCGACAGACAAACCGCGCCCUGACCAAUUGGUCAAUGAACAAUGGCGAGAGCGACAGGUUUGACCCUGGCCACGAUCUCGUCCUUCUUACAGGAGGCUGUAGCGGCAUUGGCAAGCAGAUGGUGCUUGAUUUAGCCAAAGUGCGAGCUCGUGUGGUGAUUCUUGAUAUCCAGGAACCGACCUUUACCCUGCCAUCCGGCGUUGCCUUCUACAAGGCGGACAUCACCUCCUCUGCGAGCAUCGCUGAAGUCGCAGCAAAGAUCCGCGCAGAGCAUGGCGAUCCUACUGUACUGGUGAAUAACGCUGGCGUUGGCCACGAUGGCACAAUUCUCGAUAAACCAGAGGCCAAAAUCCGCCAGACCUUCGAAGUCAACACGGUUUCACACUUCCUUAUGGUACGCGAGUUCCUGCCGAGCAUGAUCGAGAAGAACCACGGACAUGUCAUCACGAUUGCCUCGAUGGCCAGUUUCAUUGGCCUCGGCGACAUGGUGGAGUACAGCUGCACCAAGGCAAGCGCGCUCGCGUUCCACGAAGGACUGCGCCAGGAACUGCGGUUAUGGUACAAGGCACCGAAAGUUCGGACUACUGUGGUACAUCCACUCUGGGUUCGCACGCCCAUGAUCAAGGUCCUGACCGACGCGGGUUCAGAAUUCAAGCAACCGAUCCUUACACCGGAGAUGGUGUCCGAAGCAGUUGUGAAGCAGGUCCUCGCUCAGCGCAGCGGGCAGAUCAUCCUGCCCGGAUACUACACGCCACUCAGCAUGUUGCGGGCGCUGCCGAACUGGUUUCAGGAGUAUGCGCGAGGAGUCGGAUCCCAGGAUUUUAUUAAGCUGCGCGAGUGGCAACAGAAGCAGCUGAAGACGCAGUAG